UGGGAUAAUUGUAUGCGGUAUUUUUAUUUGAAUUGUUAUAUAAUUCGAAGAUAUAGGUGUUUGUUUUCAGAUGUCUGUUCAGGAACAGAACUUAUGAGAUUUCCCAAGAAGCUCAGCCACAUUGCUUGUGUAAUACAUAGGAAUAUUUUUUUUUCCAAACUCAUUACGUGUUAGCGUGAUAUUCUUAACAGUUUAAAAAUUAUUUUCAUGAAGAGUCCAAUGUGGUUGGCGUGGUAACGUUCCCAGCAAUGCCACGCAUUGAUCCAUUACAGUUGCUCAAGUGCUUGAGCGUGCUCUUGAGCCCCACGGGUGGCAUAAAGAGUAAGGAAGAAGUCCAGAGGCUUGCAAGCUUAAUGACAAAAUUUUCGAAGAAACUAGUAAGCAAGUGUAUCUACAUACAGAUAUUAAAAACAACGAAAACUGAUCUUUUAGGCAUGUUCAUGGCUGCUGGAGGCUGGAAUCUGACGCAUACGUGGUUAUCAGAUGCCAUAAUGGCCAGAAACUGGCCUCUUAUACAGGAAUUGUUGGAGUUACUGCUGAUGUGCCCAGUUGAUGUGGAAAGAUUAAAGACGAACAAUUGCCCAAAACUUAUAAAAGGACUUUCAAAGGAAAGCAACAAUGAAAGUGUUAAGUUACUCGCAAGUAAGUUGGUGGAGCAGUGGUUAAAGAUAGUCAAGGGAGAAACAGAGGCGGUAAGAGCACAUCACAUAGCAAGUAUGGAUGUGCCUGCAGGAGAAUGUGUUUCUGUUAAAGAUGAAGGAAAGCAGCUAGGUGUAUGCAGUGAGAGAUUGCAAGCUAGCAGUUGUGGUGAGGAGUGUAAGGUAGAAGUUCCUCCACCGGCACUGAAACAGGAAACUGUAGUGCAGAUAGAAGCAGUAAACUCAGAGGAUAAAAUAGAUGUAAAUAAACUUGUUGUAAAGACUGAAAAUGGUUCAGAUGAAUCAGGUGAAGAGGUUACCUGGGAUGCUCCCCUUGGACAGUUGCCAGUAUAUAAAAUUACAAUUCGAGAUGGAAAGCAAGUAAUAGCUAAAGUGUUCUCAGGGGAGAAGUCCACCAGGAAGUUGAGUAUGGAUGGUUCAAGUGUAGCUUCAGUUACAGACGUUGGAAAAUCUCUUUUGAAGGUCGGUGCUAGUGUGGAAAAGGCAGAUGAUACAGUUAAAAAGGAAGUUAUAAAGAAAGAUAUGGAUGAAGCAUCUGUGAAAGUGAGUGUAGACCGUAGUAAAGAUUCUGUAGUGAAAGAAAAGGUAAAAUCGGAAAAGUUGGAAAACAGUGCUGAAGGAAUAAAAUUAACUAAAGACUUUCAGAAGAAAGUUAAAGAAGCUCAGUUGAGUACCAGAACUUCUGAUAAACUGAAAAGGACAAAAACUGAAUCCAGCAAAGAAAAAAGCAAAGAGAGAGAAGGUUCAAAAGAGAGGAGUAAAGAUAAAUCAAAAGAUAAGGAGAGCAGUAAGGAAAGGGACGCCAAAGAUAGGGAAAGUAAAGUUAAGGACAGGAAACAAAAUAGUGAGAAAGUUAAUGCUCAGUUUGAAAAGGAUAGAGCGGCUUUGGCAAAGCUAAUUCCACCUGGAAUAAGCAAAUUGGGGAAAAUACCAAAGAAACCCAGACCUGAGGAGCCCCAAAGUCCUAAUGUGGAUGUUAAAAAGCCCUCUUCUAGUGAUUUGAAAAAGUCCCCAGUUUCUGAACCUACCAGCAGGAAGCCUUCAAUAUCCAUUGAGUCAAGGAAAUCUACUGACUCAGCCCGCCCCAAGACUGUGAAGACUUUCAACUCCAAAUUUCGUUCAACUGGACUGGAAGAGGAAGCGAAGCCACCACCAUCACGACCAGUCAAGAAGAACAUUAUGCCAGUGAAUAAGAAACCUGUUAGACUUCCGUCCCUAAAACGUCCGUCCCCUCCCAAAGAACUGUCAGCGCCCCCAGAAAAAAAGCUGAAGCCUGCAAUUGCUGACAUGGCCACUGAUGACACAAAGAAGAAUGACAAGAGUGGGAGCAUAAAAUUAAUUCCUCCCAGACCAAAACCAUCAUUUCUUCAGGAAAGUGACAUGUUUAUGGAUGCCUUGACUGCAUCCACAAAGAAGGAACCUCGCAAACGUAAGAGACGAACUAGCAGUAGUAAAGAUGCUCCUGAAGCAAAGAAAGAACCAGUCACUGGGAAGGAAGAUGAGAACAACAAGGAAUCAACACCACCAUCCUCCCCCACUAACAAUAAUGAAGACAACAGAUCACCUCCUAUCAUCAGGCCUUUGCUCAAGUUUUAUCAGGACACUUUGGAAGCAAAUGAUGAGAUGGAAGUAGGUGAUGACAUGAAGGCAAAUGAAAAGAAGACUGAUAAAGAUGCAGCAGAAUUAUUUGAAAAGUCUGAAGAGGAAGAGCAAAAAUCACCUACAACUACAGAGGAUGGGAAUGAAGGCAGUCCUAAUUCUGCAGCAGAUAAAGCAGUUGAAGGCAAAAGGAGGCUGUCAAAAGAGGAUAGUGUAAAGGAACGAGAUGGAUCUUCUGAUGAGACUAAAGAAAAGGAUUCAACAGAAGAUGCACCCAAGAAGUAUCCAAGGGGUGUACUCAUCUACCAUAAGACCAAGAAGGGUGCAAAGAAAGUUGUUAGAUGGAAGCAAGAAAAAGAUCUGGAGAUCAUAAAAUACUUUGAAUUGGAUGAAACAGAAAGAGUGAAUGUAACAAAAACAUUCAUGGAUAUGAAACAGAUUGAAAGAAGUAAUGAAAGGGAAGCCUUCAUGCUUGCAAGGAAACUACCUCAAGAUGAUAUAAUGGAGGAGAAAGCAACUUGGCAGCCUCUUAUUCCAGUUGACCUCCCACCCAGCUUAGUGGAGCCAGGUGUCCGUAGCCGAGAAAAAGACGUUCAGUAUGCACGAGAAAAAGUCAUUCUGCAAGCAUUGUACUUCAGUAGAACCAUGAUACCUGAUUCCGCUGCAGAGCCGGAUAUGGAGAUCCAUCCGCCUUCAGACCCAGUUAUAAUUCCUCUAGAUGAUGUAACAGGCAAUCCUGAUAGCGUUAAUGACUUUCAAAAUACACCAUGGCCUGAGCCAAAGCCCAUUAUAAUUCCCCAGUCACCUCCACCACAAUUCCAGCAAGCUCAGCCACCUUCAUUUGGGUCAUUCCCAAAUCACUCAAAUCAGACAUUCCCAGGGCCCCAACAGAUGUUUCCCAACCAGACUGGCAUGCCCAAUAAUUUGCCCAUGCCAGGGGGCAUGAUGGUACCAAACUCAGUGAACAACAUGCAUCCGAUUGGUGGAGAUUGGAGGACUGGUGAUGGAAAGGUGCUCCCAGUCAAUGAAAUGCCUAUGCAGAUGGACAUGUACAACCAAGCAGGUCCACCCAUGGGCAUGGGCAUACCUGGUUUGCCUGGAGUAGGGGGCCAUGGUCCGGAUAUGAAUUAUAACAUGAUGGGAGGUGAAGAUAUGGGUCCAUAUGGGCCACAGGGUUUCCAUGUGGGUGGUCCUCAUCCAGGAAUGUACCCAUUCCGAGGUGGUCGGGGACCUAAUAUGGGUAGUGUAAUGCGCAGUGGGAGAGGUGGAAAUCAGAUUGGACCCAGAGGACCAAGUGGUGGCCCUUGGUACCGACCUAGUGGACCUCACAUGGGUAACAACUGGCAAAGUGGUGGCAGUGGUGGCAGUGCUGGUCGUGGAGGUCGUGGCUGGGGUGGCCAGAAUCGAGGUAUCUGCAAACAUUUCCGUGGUGGUUUCUGUCGGCAUGGUGAUAAGUGCCCAUAUUUACAUCCAGGUGUGAAUUGUCCUCAGUAUUAAAGCAAUUUAUCAAGCUGAGAGAGCAGACAAGGCUGAAAUGUGCAAUGUUCUUAUAGUGAACCUUGAAUGAUUUGAAGAAACCGUCUUAUGGAAUGUCGCGCUGUGAAGAUAGUGUGUUAACUGAUGUGUCAGCACCUGCUCAUGUUGGUUUCUCGCUCACGGAUAUUCUUCUUUUUUCUUCUGCCCUCAAGAUGGAGGCGAGAUGCUCCUCCGAAACGUCGGUUAACACAAUAUCUACAC